CUUGAUAGCAGAAAAUUAAUUAUACUCUGCAAGAAAUUUGGAAAAUUGUCAAGAUUGAUGACAUAAAAUAUUGAGCAUUCAUACCAGAAAUGAAUUCUAUAUAAGCAGCAUGCCGCUUAGCUUUACGAUGUACACAUUUAUAUCUUCAUGUUCAAAGGGAUCUUGGAAAUCUAAAAGCAAAAAUAUGGAGAACCUCGCAACCCAACUCUUCUACUGUUUCUUCUUCCUUGUUCUUCUUGUUGUUCAUAGUUCGUCCCCAGCAACAUCUCAAGAAGUUGAGGAUGAGAAAGAGUUUAAUUAUGAAGCCGGAGGUGAGCAUGGGCCAGAUCGAUGGGGGGAGCUUCACAGCGAAUGGAGUGCUUGCAAAAAUGGAUCAAUGCAGUCUCCUAUCGAUUUGUUGGAUGAGAGAGUUGAAGUAGUUUCCCACUUAGGGAGACUCAAAAGACGUUACAAGCCCUCUAAUGCCACUCUAAGAAAUAGAGGCCAUGACAUGAUGUUAAAAUGGGAAGGUGGCGCAGGAAGUAUUGAGAUAAAUGGAACUGAAUAUGUCCUCAACCAGAUCCACUGGCAUUCACCUUCUGAGCACACUCUGAAUGGCGAGGGAUUUGAUCUAGAGGCUCACAUGGUCCACGAGAGCACAGAUGGGAAAAUUGCGGUGGUUGGGAUUAUGUACAAAAUCGGCCGACCUGAUUCUUUCUUGUCAUCGAUAAAGGAUCAUUUAGCAGCCAUUGGUGGCAGCACUAAAAGAGAUACAGUGGUGGGCAUGAUUGAUCCAAGGGACAUAAAAAUAGGCAGCCGAAAGUAUUACAGAUAUCUUGGAUCUCUUACUAUUCCUCCUUGCACUGAAAAUGUGCUCUGGACAAUUGUCAGAAAGGUGAGGACGGUAACAAGGGAGCAAGUGCGGUCACUUCGAGUAGCUGUGCAUGAUGAUUCGAAUGCAAAUGCAAGGCCAUUACAGCCAAUAAACUUGAGGUCGCUGCAACUUUUCAGACCAAAUGAUGAUGUUACACAGAAGCCAUGAUGAUUUUAUGUUACGUCAUAUGCUGUGCUUGCCCUUGCCACUUAUGCAUCUGUCUCCUCAGCUUUUGCAAACAUGUUUUCAGUCCUGCGAUGAACAUUGUUAGUCAGUUGCGCACAUCAACAUGGCAUUAGCGAUGCACAAUUGCUUGAGGCUUUGUUCAUGCCUUUUUUGUUGUCGUUUAGAACUUGUGGAGGCUUCAUCAUCAUGACAUUGAUCAAGGC